AUGGCCGUCGCUGGCGAGGAGGCCGGCCUGACUAAUCGUCAUCUAUAUACCCUAGACCUUGUGGGUUUCGGGCGUCGCACGCUCUUGGACCGCGGCGUGGUUCUAUCGCUCACCGAGGACGUUGACGAGGAUGCGUACAAUAUUAUCUGCGUCGACGGCUCACGAGUGACCAAGAAGGCCAGCGAAAUUCUCGGCAUCUUUGACAGGACCUUUGUGCACGUCGGACAGAUCGUCGGGUCGGUGUCCGACUACGGCGGGCUCAGCCUUGGGGACUACGUCGUGUCCGGGCAGUGGCUGGGGCGGGUGGCCGACGUGUCCCUGGACGUGGAGGUCUCGUUCGACGACGGCGCCGUCAUGAUCUGUAGAGUCGCCGACACGGGGUCGGAGGAUGAGCUCCGACCGGACAAGCCGCGUGUCGUCUUCCCCGAAACGAACACCGGCUUCUACCCAGGCAGGCGCGUGCUCACCGGCGGCGACUCCUCGGACCGCAAAGAAGGCAAGGUGACCAAGGUGGAGAUGGCUGACGUUCUUGUCUACUGGAUCGCGUCUGCCGCGGGACACGGCAUGGAGUUGGCCCCUCCGGCAAACCAGAAUCCUGGCAAUCUGACCUUUUUCUGCUCCGCGCCAAGAUGCGUCUGGAGUCUUGGCGACCGCUGCUUUCUUGAUACAGAUAUAAAUAACCUGCAAAAUGAGCAACGGUCGCCGGCGUGGACACCCGCCACCAUGACCGUCUCCCUCACCACCAGCUCUGUCGAGGUGCUGUGGCAGGACGGCAAGCGACAGAAUAUGGCACACUCAUCGGCCGUCUACCCCGUCCUGUUCCGGAGCGAGCUCGAUUUUCUCCCAGGGCAGUACGUUGUUGACAACUCUCCUGAUGAUGACAACAUUAUCUAUGCUGCUGCGGUUGAUGGUACCGAAGAAGAAGAAGGCCGUGGAUCAAAGAGGCGCGUCGGCGUCGUGAGAAGCCUAAAUUCCAAAGAGCAAAUAGUAGAAGUAUCGUGGUUCAAGGCGGGGUCUGAGAGCAGCUGGGAGGUGGAGUGCGACGACACCGUAAGUGCGUACGAUUUGGCAAUGGACCUUGAACACUCUGUUUUCUAUGGAGACGUCGUCGUCCGUCUACUACCAGACUUAAGCGGAAGUGCACCACUAGUGCAGCAACCAGUACGGGUGAAGAGCGCCCCAGCUGAUCUUUCAUGGGUCGGACGCGUUGUUGACCUUCAUCGUGGGCAUGUCCAAGUCAAGUGGGGUGACGGCAGCACAACAAUGGUUAUGAUGUCUCAGGUAUUACCCCAUGAGAUCAGUAUCGCCAACAAAAUACACGUUAUGCAACUACGGGCUGAAAUGGGCCUCAAUAAUUGGUUGGAGGAAGGUGUCGAUGCUCCUCAAGAAUCGGAUGUUGUCAACACGGACAAUGAUCAAAAUGAUCCAGCAGAUGCUACAAACGUCCAAGGCAACAUGGUUCAAGGCAGUGACGGCUCUAUGAAUGAAUUAGAUGGCUCUGUUUGUGGCAAUACGACGGAGACAAGAAUCGGGGAAAUUUUAGAUGACAAUAGCGACGAUGUCUCUGUUGACGAUGUGGUCAUCAAUACUACAUAUGCCACUAGAGAAGAUGAUCCUUCUAAAUGGUCACACUUUGAUGUAGUGAAGAGCCCUCAAGAUCACCAUUACCUUGACACCAUUGAACAGGGCGGCGGCGGAAAGAGCUGGGUCAAAGCCGUGCAGACGGAGUGGAAAAUUCUUAUGAACGACUUACCAGACACUAUUUACGUGCGUGCGUUCGAGGACCGGAUGGACCUCCUCCGGGCGGUGAUGCUUGGCGCGAGCGGGACGCCAUACCAGGAUGGGCUCUUCUUCUUCGACCUCCGGCUGCCGCUGUCCUACCCGACUGUGCCACCACAGGCAUACUACCACUCGUUCGGCCUACGUCUCAAUCCCAACCUCUAUGAAUCUGGCACGGUCUGCCUCAGCCUGCUAGGCACGUUUGGCGGCGAGGGCACCGAGGUAUGGUUGCCGGGGACAUCGAGCCUCCUCCAGGUCCUCGUCUCAAUCCAGGGGCUCGUCCUCAACGACCAACCAUACUACAAUGAGCCUGCGUAUGAGACCUUUGUUGGUACACUGGUGGGACAGCGCAACGCGCUGCCCUAUGGCGAGAACGCUUACCUGCUUAACCUCCGGACAAUGCUCUACCUGUUGCGCCGACCACCACAAGGAUUUGAAGAGUUCGUGAAGGAUCACUUCCGUCGCCGGGGGAGAUUUGUUCUCAAAACAUGUGAGGCAUGCCUUCAAGGAUGCGCCAUUGGCACGCUCGCCGGUGAUGCUCACGUCACCAAGGCAGACAAGGAGCAGCCAUGCUCGGCUGGGUUAAAGCUUGCACUCAGUAACUUAGUGCCAAGACUUGUGGCAGCCUUCAUGGAUAUUGGUGCGGAGGGGUGUGAUGACUUCCAGCUCCGCGAGCGUCGUGAACAUGUGAUGUUAGGCUGGUACAAUCUUAUGCUUGUCCUCCACCUUCCUUUCCCCUCCACUAAUCUAUCCUGGUUAAUCCCCUCGCAGCGUCGUCUUCGCCCGCACCGCCGCACGCCUCCACCGGCGCCGCCCGCCUCCACCGGGUACGCGUCGUGGCAGGAGGCGGCCACCGCCGGGCACGCGUCGAGGGAGGAGGUGGGCGCCAUCAGGCACGCAUCGUGGCAAGAGGCGGCCACCGCCAGGCAUGCGUCGAGGGAGGAGGCGGGCGCCGUCGGGCCCCUCCCCUCCCUCUCCGGCAUCUCCGCGCUCCGCUCCCCAUCCGAGGUCACCGCGCUGCUUUCCUUCCUCGCCGACGUCGGCUUCCCACAGCGGCUCGCCGAGUCCUGGGCCGUGAACGACCCCUGCAAGGACUGGCUCGGCGUCUCCUGCUACCAGGGGAAGGUCACCCUGCUCAACCUCACCGGGUACGGCCUCAACGGCAGCGUUAGCGCCAGCCUCGGGAACCUCUCCGCGCUCUCCGAUGUCAGGCUCAACGACAACAAUCUCACCGGCCACGGCGGGUUCGGCGUCGUGUACAAGGGGGUGCUGCACGACGGCACCAUGAUUGCUGUCAAGAGGAUGGAGUCCUCCGUCAUCAGCAACCAUAUGUAA